AUGUCCUCACUCAGUCUCGCACGUCUCGCCGUCCGCUCUUGCUACACCCUCGCUGCUCGCCGUGCCAUCAGCACCUCGCCAGCCUUCAGAUCAUCGUGGUCUCCAGGGCCCUCGCCGCCGCGUCUCCCCAAGGAAGAGCAGGAGGUCUUCGACAAGCUGAUGAAGCAAUCUACUGGUGCCUUCAGUACUCCUCAGCAAGCUCCUGAAGAGACGGUCGCCGAAGCCUCCCCUUCCAAGCCACAGGUCAACCAAUCGCCCCAGAUCAACCAAUCGCCUGCUCUCAAAGCAGAUGGCAAGGGCGAGGAACUGCACCCAAACGUCCGACGUGGCGCUCCUCCAGAGUUCGAAGGCGAUGUCAACCCUCAGACAGGCGAGGUUGGUGGUCCCAAGAACAACCCUCUGCGAUGGGGCCAUGGAAGCGACUGGAGCUACAACGGCCGUGUCACCGACUUCUAA